CAAACUUUUAAAUAUAGAAAAUUUAUUUCUGACAGUUUGAGGUAUUAAGUAAACUGAAAAUGGCAUCAUAUAAACAAAAUUUCGUCUGUUAGCGAUUCAUGUGAAAUCGGUCGGUAAAAUAUGCAGGUUCAAAAUACGAAUGAUAGUAGCAUCGUAAGCAAGCUGUCAUCUGCAAACAAGGGCUAUUUUGUAGAUGAAUUUCUUAAUUUUUUUGUUGCAAGAAGUCAAAAUCGGUCUCCUAUCAUCAACAGAGGCUACUACAUUCGAUUUAAAGCUAUAGAUGAAGCUUUUCAGUCCUGGUUUACAGUUGCUGCUUCUUACAAAAAUACACAGAUUAUUUCAUUAGGAGCUGGAUUUGAUUCAUCAUACUUCAGGUACAAAAGCCUAAAUAAGUUACCAUUUGACUGCAGAUAUAUUGAGAUAGAUUUUCCAUUUCCAGCAGUUAUCCAUCGAAAAUUGGAAUAUAUUAAAAAAUCUAAUCUACUUGGCAUGAAUUUUAACUCUACUCUUAAACCUAACAUCAAGGAUUCUAAAAUAGUGGCAUCUACUGGUGAAUACAUAAUGUUGGGUUGUGAUUUGAAUGAAACCAAAAGUCUGCAAGAAAGUUUUGAUCUUUUAGAAAUAAAUUACUCUGUACCAACAUUGUUUCUGUCAGAAUGUGCCAUCACAUAUAUGGGUGUUAAAAGUUCGAACAGUCUUGUCCAGUGGAUUCAGUCCCAAUUUCCAAAUUCUGCUCUUGUGACAUAUGAACAGAUUCAUCCAGAUGAUGCUUUUGGCAUUGUAAUGCAAAAUCAUUUCAUCAAACUUGGUUGUCCAUUAAAGUCUGUUUUAUCAUACCCGAACAAAGAGCAACAAUGUUUGAGGUACUUUAACAUGGGAUGGUCAAAAUGUGUUGCAACUGACAUGUUCAGUUUUUUCAUGAAUUUUCCAAUUGAAGAAAAAGAAAGAAUCAAAACACUUGAAGUUUUUGAUGAAUAUGAAAUGUGGCAUGAGAAAUGCCAUCAUUAUGUAAUGAUUUGGGCUUGUCAAGGAACAGUGCCUGUGCCGCUUAUAUUUCAACCAAAAAUUCUAGCUAACACCUGUUUUAACACAAGUGAUACUAAAGUAAAGAAAUUAAAAUGGAAGUUGAAACAAGCUGAUGUGUUGCUUCAUAGAUUUGGUCAUCAGAUUGUCCUGCUAUCUCCCAGUUAUUUAUUAAUAUCAGGUGGCUUUGGAGAACAUGAAAAGAAACAUGAAAGAUUAAGUGGAAUAAUAGUAUAUGAUCUCAUUUCUGAAAAGUGUUCAUCAGUGUCUUUAUUGGAUGAUCAAAAUCUGCUUGGUAAAAGAAUGUUUCAUACGGUUACAAAGUUGCAUAAUGGCAAUAUAGUUAUUAUAGGAGGUCGAUCAGCUCCUUACAAAGCAAAAGGAAAUGUAAUUGUUCUUAGUAGAAGUAUACAGUCUAGGAAAGAGAAAACUAUUGACUCCAUGGCAAAAACUAUUGAACCUAUGUCUGAAGCUUUAAACAAUGAAUUUGUUUUUACUGUUCAGAAAUGCAUUGCCUUUCCUUUGCCAACAUGGAGACACUCUGCUUCUCUUGUUGAUGUUGAAGGCAUAGAGAAAAUUGUAGUGUUUGGUGGUUGUACAGCUAACCAGAUUUGUACAGAAAGUUGUUAUCUUUUAAACACUCACACUUGGAGUUGGAUACAAAUAAGUUCUCAAGAGCAUUCUCCAUCUUCAAGGCAUUCUCACAGUUCUGUGGUAUAUGAAAAGAAAACUGUAAUUAUUACUGGUGGUCUGUCUGCAGAUGAAACUAUCUUAAAUUCUGUACAUUCUUUUGAUGCUGAAAAGUGUCAGUGGUCUACCUUACAAAUUUCGGGGCUGCUUCCAAGGUAUUCUCAUACUUCAUAUCUGUGGAAAAAUUAUAUUAUAUUGGUGGGAGGAGUAACAUCUUUGAAUGGAUUUACACUUGGUAUUGGAAUUAUAAAUUUAAUAACCUUAAAGGCCAUUGAAAUUUCAUCUCCAAUUCAGGAUCCAGAAUAUCCGAUUCUACUUUGUAAUCACUGCAGCUAUGUAUACGAAGAUCACAUUUUUGUUAUAGGAGGAGGAGGAAAUUGUUUCUCAUUUGGUACACAUAUUAAUAGAAAAAUUGUUCUUAUUGAUAUUAAACAUGAGUUGAGUAAUUUUUAAUAUGUUAUUGUGUAGACAUUUUAUUUCAAAGACACAUUUGUAUGAAAGGAGAAUGAUACACAUGAAAUUACGUUUUUAGUUAGUUGUAAAAACUUAUUGAUUAGAAGAUAU